AUGGUAGAUGUUAAAAAAUCUAAUACUUUACCUGUUCCUCUGCGACCACCUCUUCUGUCGACGUGGAUAUUUCUAUUGUUCCUUCUGACAGGGGAUGAACAACCUGAAACCCAAAAUUAAUAUAAAUUUCCCCGAGUUCAAGGUACCCCAUUUGAAGAACUUACAUUAAUGUCUUCAUUCAAGUCAAAUAUCUCUUCAACUUCAUAGUCCACCUCUCUUUUCUGGACAUCGGGGAUCAAUUGAAGUACCUCGUUAUCUACUUCUGUUAACUGCAUAGAUGUAGGUGGACCCCCUCCUGUCUGUCUCGAAUGCUUCCUUAUAGCGGCAUCCUUCGCUUUCGCUCCCUUUUUCAAAUCUUGCCAAGUCUGUUUGGAAUAAAAAAAAAAAGCAUGGAGAAUCAAAUUGCAAUCACAACUAGGUACUUACCUUUCUCCAUUUCUUCCAGUCUUUUUGGGUUCCGGUUGGAACCUUAUUUAAUUGGGAGGUGAUUUUCUCCCAAAGACUUUGCGAAACGUGAACACUUGAGUGAAUUUUCCGGAACAUAACUCUGGAUGUUCACUCACGAAUUCCACAAGCAUUUAUUUUUGUACACGACACAACAUUGUAGAAAUAUUAUUGUUUUUAUCACAGAACUUGUUCGAGUGUCUCUUCAAAAUUCGAUUAUUGGUGUUAUUAUAAUUUAUAAUUAGCUCAUUUUACUGCUUAUGUUAAAUACAGUAAGUUUAUAUAUAUAUCACUCAUGUUUUAUUAUGGAAAAUCGAAAUAAAUGUAUUGAAUUGAAAAAUAGAUCCAAUGUAAUAUGUACAUUUGGCAAUGGUGGAAUUAUUGUAUGACAGUAAAAGUCUCUGCAAAUACAACACAUAAAUACUCAUAUAAAAACACUCGAUGACCGAGAACAAUUAUUAUGUAUAUGGGACAUAAACAAUAUUAAGUAAAACUCUCUCUGAAGUUUGUGGCGUUCAAGAUAAAACGCAACCACCAAAAUGGGUAAAGUCAAGUGUUCCGAUUUGAGAACUAAAGACAAAAAAGAGCUCACGAGGCAACUCGAUGAGUUGAAAAAAGAACUUACUAGCCUUAAGGUGGCUAAAGUUAUUGGAGGUGCCCCUUCCAAAUUGUCGAAAAUCCGUGUUGUGAGGAAGGCAAUUGCUAGGGUAUACAUUGUUAUGCACCAAAAACAGAAAGAAAAUUUGAGGAAGUUGUACAAAAACAAAAAGUACAAGCCUUUAGACCUCAGACCCAAGAAGACCCGUGCUAUCAGGCAUGCAUUGACCAAACAUCAAAUCAGUCUCAAAACCCCUAAAGAAAUCAGGAAAAUGUCUAUAUUCCCCCCAAGGAAAUUUGCACUUAAGGCAUAACCUGUAAUGUAAAAAAAUAUAAGUUUUCA